UUUGUUUCAUUCAGUUCCAUAUCUAAUUAGCCAUGGAUGACAAUAUGCAGCAGAGGUUUCUAGAAGAAGGAGAAGAAGACGAGACUGGUCUAAAGACAAGAGUUUGGGUUGAAACAAAGGCAAUAUGGAGGGUUGCAUUCCCUUCAAUGUUGAGCAGCGUCACUUCCUUCGGGAUGAUCGUCGUCACGCAGUCGUUUCUCGGUCACAUUGGCGAAGUCGAGCUUGCCACUUAUGCACUCAUUCAAAGCAUUUUCGUUAGGUUCAUCAAUGGCAUUCUAAUUGGAAUGUCGAGUGCGACUGAAACACUAUGUGGGCAAGCAUUCGGAGCAGGACAAUACCACAUGAUGGGGAUAUACCUGCAACGCUCAUGGAUCGUCGAUGGCCUCACAGCGACGAUCGUACUCCCGGUGUUCUUUUUCACUUCACCGAUCUUCAAACUACUGGGGCAGGAAGAUGAGAUCGCGGAAGCAGCCGGGAGUAUAUCUCUAUGGUUUAUUCCCAUGCUUUACGAAAUGGUCUUUGCACUCACCAUGCAAAUGUUCCUCCAAGCUCAGCAAAAGAACUUCAUUGUUGGGUGCCUAAGUGCAUCCUCGUUCACUCUUCACAUGUUAUUGUCAUGGAUCUUGGUGUACAAGCUUAACUGGGGUGUUGCCGGUGCAAUGGGUUCCUUGAAUAUAUGUAGUUGGCUUAUGGUUCUCGGCGAGUUCGCGUUCAUCUUCGGAGGCUGGUGCCCCAAUACAUGGAAAGGAUUCUCCAAGGCUGCCUUCUAUGAUCUCUGUCCUAUAAUAAAGCUCUCCAUGGCCUCUGGCCUCAUGCUUUGCUUAGAGUUGUGGUACACUGCCAUUCUUGUGUUGCUGGCUGGAUAUAUGAAAAAUGCAACCAUUGCCAUUGCUGCAUUCUCCAUCUGCCUCAAUGUCAAUGCAUGGGAAUUAAUGUUCUGCAUAGGGUUCCUUGGUGCAUCAAUAGUUAGGGUGGCCAAUGAAUUAGGCAGAGGGAAUGCAAAAGCAUUGAAAUUCUCAAUAAAAACAAUAAUGAGCACUUCAGUCUGCAUUGGGGUUACAUUCUUUGUUAUAUGCUUAGUGUUUUGGCCUCAAAUUGCCCACUGGUUCACCACUAGUGAACAAGUUGUACAAGUUGCAUCAUCUCUCUCAAUCUUCCUUGCCAUCUCAAUGUUGUUCAACAGCAUUCAAAUAGUACUAGGUGGUAUAGCAGUUGGGGCUGGAUUUCAAAGUGUGGUGGCAAUGGUGAACUUGGGAUGUUAUUAUGGUGUGGGAGUGCCUGUUGGAGCUGUGCUUGGUUAUGUGUUGAACCUUGAAGUUAUGGGACUAUGGAUAGGGUUGCUUAGUGGUGUGGUAUUACAAACAAUGAUUCUAGUGUUCAUAAUAUGGAGAACAAAUUGGGAUGAACAAGUUAACAAGGCUUCUCAACGUCUCAAACGUUGGCUUGUGGACGAUGGACAACAUAAUCAAACCCUACCUCAACCUUAAUUUGUACUUGUUUCAUCUAGAAGUUUUUUUUGUA